AAUCUGCCCUGGAGGAAAAUUUCUUCCCGACCCCAAAUAUAGGGCACGAGGGCACCAAAAAUGUUUUCUGCCCUGGCUGGCAAAAUGGCUAGGGCCACGCUUGACUGUAAUCACCCCAUAGAGAGUGACUAGCAAGAAGGGAGCCAGCCUGAGAGAGAAACAGAACUGGCCCAUUACAGAUGAACAGUAACACCCUGAUAUAUGGCCUGGGGAGCAGGAUCUAGAGCAGUUCACAGCUCACACUCAUGGCCCAUUCCCUAAGAUGAGUGCAUCAGAGCUCCCUCUGCUUGAAGCCUGGACACCAGAGAAAUCUCAGUGACUGGGGAAUCUCAGCCCUCAGAGAUACGGGCAUCCAGCUGGGAAUGGGCAUUAAGUAGGCAAAAGAAGGGAGUGAACUGUACCCCAUUAGCCAAAAUCCCAGAGUAGCGGCAUUACUGCAAAGCAGAAGCCUUAUUUUCAGUCCAAAGUGAGAUGGUUGUGCUGAUGGGAGGUACACACUCCAUUCUCUGCUCGUGUGCCUUACCCCCAGCCCUGAAGAGCUCCUACUAAGUGGGAAAGAGAGACUCAGUCUCCUUGGCCUCUCUACUGAGUCUGUCAAGAAGGGGGCUAGUCAGGGCCAGAUGUGAUGGUGUGUGUUGUGAUAGACACCUGCUCACUCUGAACCAUGCUGGGACUCAAACUGGUGGGGGGAGAGAUUCCCUGUGAAGUAUCUGGGCUCUCUGCUUUGUGCCAUUUGUUUUGCAGGUGCUGUAUUAUAUCUUGGACCUGCUGACAGAUCACCUCAUUCAGAGAAGGAUGGCUGUGGUGUGAGGCAGGGAGCCUAAAGUUACCAGCUUAUUCCUGUAUGCAGAGUAUGCUGGCCUAUUACAGCACUAAUGCCUGUUGCACUGCUGCAAAAACCCUGGAGCCGGCCCUGACUGGAGGUGAAGGGAUGUUGUGAACACCUAUUUGCUGAGCCCUGGACUGAGACUGAAGACUCACUGCUCACUCACCCCAGUGAUGGCUUCUGUUCUCUCUGCACUGCACCCUACACUGGAGAGCUCAGUUCAGGUCUCAUGCCAAGGUCUUGGCCUCCGCACAUUUCCAGAGAAGCUUGGCCCUGGGGUUAAGCAACUCGACCUCUCUGACAACUUCAUCCAAAACCUGACGGAAAGCUGCACAUCAAAGUUAGGGCAGCUAGAGCACCUCAACAUGCAUUUCAACCAGUUGGCAACUGUGUCAGAAAUGGCCCUGACUCCUCUAACUCAUCUUCACUCUCUGCUCCUAGCUGCAAACCACCUUGAUAGGAAUUACUUCACCAACGGAAGAGCCUUCGGGUCACUGAAGAAUCUAAAAGUCCUGGACCUUUCUGCAAAUAAUUUGGACAGUGAUAUGGCAGCCUGGUACUUCAGCAGUCUCACCUCUUUAAAGAAACUGGAUCUGUCCUGGAACAAGAUGACCAGGCUGCCAGAGAGCAUCUUCCAGGGAACUCUAAAGCUGAGAGAGAUCAUCCUUAACAACAACUACAUCACAGAAAUAGAGGAGGGAGCUUUUGCGGCUCUAUUAAAUCUAAAAGUGGUGAAUUUAGCUAUGAAUUCUCUUCACUGUAUCUCAGGCUUCAGCCUCACACAGCUGCAAGUUUUAAAUCUCAGCUACAAUGCCCUGGAAUUCUUUGUUACAGAGGAAAGAAAGGAACACUACCAGCUUCAGGUGCUAGAUCUGAGUCAUAACAAACUGAUCUACUUUCCAGAGCUCCCCAAGGUGCAUCGCCUCACACACUUAAACCUCUCUGAUAACGCCAUGGUCUCUUUGGCUCCAAGUUCCACCAGUACAGCAGAGUUCAGACUGCGGUAUGAUGAGAUGGCAAGACCUAACAUAUCCUUGAAUAUUUACAAUGCAGCAGCUAGACUGUCAAAGAUAACUGACUUAGAUCUCAGCAGUAACCUGUUGUAUUUGUUCCCAGUUACUUUCCUUCAUAAUUUGAGCUCCCUCCAGAAUCUCAAUAUGGCUAAGAACUGUCUCCAUAAUAUAGCUGUGGAGUCACCUCCUGGUGAUAUGGAAAGCAAGGAGCCAGGCGCGAUGCAUGACAAUGCCUUUCUGUCGGUGCGGUCACUGGAUCUUCAAGGCAAUUUCAUUCAUUCCUUGCCACAGUGGUUUUUUGGUAUUCUGCCCAAACUGGAAACACUUGACCUUGGUUCUAACAGCCUCCAGCCUUGUGAGAGCCAGAAUGCUAAUAAAAGAGAGAUCCCAAUAGGUCAUAACUCAGCUCAAAGAGGUAACUGUACAUCCUUCUGUGACCUACCGCAGCUGAAGUAUCUGAGUUUACGUAGGAACAACAUUGUGAGGCUAUAUCCUUACAUGUUCAACCAAACCACUUUAGUCUCCCUGGAUCUGUCUGAGAAUGAAGACUUGUUCAUGCCAAAAGGAGCUCUGGAGGGUCUGGAAUUCUCUUUGCAGAAGCUCUCUCUGAGAGGAAACCAGAUGGACAACAAGAAGACAGAAUUCCCUUGUCUGAAGAUGCUGAAAAAGUUGGACAUGUCAGACAACAAGUUGAGUCUUCUGCCCCCUGAUCUUGUCUGCUCUCCAUUGGAAAACCUGGACAUUCGCAAUAACAAUCUCCAGGCCUUAGAGAAACCUGCCACCGUGAGAUUGUCCAGCAGCCUCAAUCAUCUGAAUGUUGCUGGCAAUCCCUUUAGCUGUUGUGCGCUGAGCUGGCUGGAAAUUCUACAAGCUGCCCAUGUAAAUGUGUUGGAUCUGAAUGAAACUCUGUGCUUUUAUCAGGACAAGAACAGGAACUUCUCAGCUAAGAUAGCCAACAAGACCACGUGGCUUUGUCCUCAUCAGAUAGGAUCUCGCUACCUGAUGGUAUUGCUGGUGGUGAUCACUCUUUGCUUUCUGUUUCUCAGCUGUGGGAUAUGCUGUCAUCUGAAAAAGAGUCAGAAGCUGUCAAAGUAUCUGGGAUUCAGAAGCAACAGGGUGGACCCCAUUCCUUAUCAUCCAAAUAAGGAAAAGAGAACUGAACAGAUUGCAAUUGACAGAGUUACAGAAGUAUAGUACAGGACAGGAGAGGGAGAAUAAUAUUUAUUGUAUUUUAGGCACCUGCCCCUCACUGAUACAUUAAAGGUUUCACACACAAGACAAUAAAACAUUCAACAUCAAAUCAAUAUGCUGUUUUCCCUCUUGAUGCAAGCAGCCUAGACACAUGCUGUAGCCUCCAUGGGCCAUCUCUCCAUACUGCUUUUUGUGUGUGCAAGGGAGACUUGGAAAUGUUUUGUUGUAUUUAGAAAGAAUUCCCUGAUGGGUUUCCUGCCCUGAAACAAGGCCGGUGCUCUUUGAAUGGAUCUCCCCGUCCUGUUUCUUCCAUCGCUCACAGCUGAACCCAUCCUCUCCUGUUUGUGAGCAGAUUGUUAUCCCCACAGCAAUGGAAUUGUUGUUCUACAGAACUGUUGUUCAGCAUUGUCCAGGAGUUGUCACCCGGCCUUUCAAUAGGCAAACUAAAUACUUGUUACUUGUCAACCUAGUAAACAAGAAGCCCCCCAACCCUGCUUUCCCCCCUGCAGUAUGAGGGCUGCAGAGCCAUAUGAAAUGCCCCUUGUAAAGAAGUGUUAGGCCUGGUCUACACCUAAAACUUAGGUCAACCUAGCUACAGUGCUCAGAGGUGUGAAAAGUUCACACCCUGGGAGAUGUAGUUAAACUGAGCUAAGCCCUGAUGUAGACACUGCUAGAUCCUCAGAAAAAUUCUUCCAUCAACCUAGCAACCACCUUUCAAGGGAGAGGAUUUACCACAGCGAUAGAAAAACUUUUCCAUCACUGUGAUGUGUCUACACUACAGCAGCAUUGCUGCAGCUGUUUGGCUGUAGCACUUGUAGUGUGGACAAACCUGUAGUGUGUUCUUCUGUAAUGGCCCCAAACACAACAGCUUACAGUAUCAAAAAUGGCCUUGUGGGGAAAAGGGAGAGGGUGAUUUCUGCAGAAUCCCAGGAUAUUGUUUAAAAAUGUGACUGUCCCCUUUGUUGACACUCCUGUCCCUUGAACUUUCAUCCAAAUCUUUGUGCUGAGUUGAUACUUCUAAAUGGCUCCGAGCAAUGCAGAUUGUGCCUGAGGACAGCUUGCCAUGUUCUUGGCCAUUGUGAUAGGAAUGAAUCUACCUCAACAAUAGGAACUCGAGUUGAAAAUUCUCAGCCUCAAUGUCUGCUUUUAAGUCAAAAUUCCUAAGCUUUUCAGCUCAGUGUGCAGGCAGAUGAACAUCCUCAGUGCUUGAAAUAGGACAGCCAAGCCACAAUUUCUGAACUGUCAUAAACCUGCAGUGACUUCUUCCACAAGGACAGGAGAGUGCAAUCUGGCGGUCUAGCUCCAGGGACAGCUGGGCCUCCCCAUGGAAGCCAACAAGACAAAGAGCUCCCUGUCACUGUUCUAACCAGUAACACUCUCACCAUUGCUGCUCAUGCUCCCCAGAUAAUCAGCAGAUGCUGCAGGAGCAAAGUCCUGAAAGCAGUAAAACAUAUUGAGACUGCAGCUCUCUAGCUGCCAGGUUACUCCUUCCUGGACUUCGGAAGCCAAAGAGAAACACUCAUUACUAUCAUGGGUGUUGUGCUUGAGCUCAGACACAUUCAUUUUCCGCCCUGUCACUGCCAGGAUUGCUGUGACAAAAACCACUGCUUUUCAGGUUUCCUCAGUUCUAGUCUUUGUCACCCCAGCCAGCCUGGCACUGAAUCCGACACCCAGGAACAUUUACAAGUUGAGCUCUACACACGUCUGGUGCUACAGAGUACCACAGAGUGAAUGGGGUUUGGAAAAGGGUUAAAUUAUUCGUGAAUUGUCAUUAAAUGAUUUAUUGUAAAAUAAAGGACACUUUGCUCU